AUGGCGGAGGAGCAUCUUCACAAGCAUGUCCUAGAGACUGUUUUGCAAAUGCAGCGCGACAAUAGCAUGCAUGGCGACGAGUCGUUCGAGCUGUCGCGGCCGAUUCCAGCGCCCGGCGCUCUGGAGCGCCAGCAAUUUGAAGAAAAUAUGGCCUCGUCCGAGCUCGGGGGCAAUCCGUCCGACGGCCUGAUUGCGCUCUUGCGCGACCAUCCCGACCUGGUUUCGUCCGAGCUGGCGAGAGAUGCUGGUGAGGUGCUCCAACCGGCAACGAAAACGCGAUCGACUUCGCACCCCGGCCAUAGCUAUACAUCUACGCCACACGAAACGGGCUAUGUGUCGAGCACGCUUUUCCCCGGGCCCCCCUGCGUAUCGCCCUCCCCGCCCGACGAUUCCCUGACAGGCACGCAGCCGUUUGCGUUUCCGGAGAAAAUCAUGUACAACCACGCGCGCGGCGCAUCCAACCACAUACGCGGCCCUUCCAUCUCGCGGCGCGACUCGCCGAAUCUGGCGCCCAACCUAGGCCAGAAAAUCAAGCCGGGUUCGAGCGGCGAGCGCAUCGUGGUUGCCAUGGUUGGACUGCCUGCACGCGGCAAAAGCUACCUGAGCAACAAGCUGAUGCGGUACCUCAGGUGGCGCGAGUACAAGGUCAAGGUCUUUAAUGUAGGCCAGCUUCGUCGUGUGACGGCGCAGCACAAAGAAGAGGUGACGGGUGUGCAUAUACACACCACGGCCACCUUCUUUGACCCCCAUAAUGCGGAGGGCGUGCUUAAAAGAGAAGAGCUUGCGAACGAAUGCCUCGAGCAGCUCAUUGCCUGGCUCAAUCGCGGCGGCAAUGUCGGCGUGCAUGAUGCGACCAACACCACAAAGCAGCGGCGGAAGCAUAUUGCGGAUCGUGUGGCCCAGGAGUCGGGCAUUCGGCUCAUUUUUCUCGAGUCGAUCUGCACGGACCCCGAUGUGAUUGCGAACAAUAUUGCGGUCAAGGCCCGGAGCAACGAUCCCGACUACAACGACCGCAGUGUUGAGGAAGCGAAGCAAGACUUUAUGGACCGCAUCAAGAAUUACGAGGCGGUGUAUGAGCCGCUCGACGAGGACGGGACGGAACGCAACUACCAUUAUUGUAAGAUUGUCGAUGUGGGGCGCUCGGCGACGAUGAAUUUGAUGGGCGGGUACCUCGAGUCGCAGAUUGCAUUCUACCUGAUGAACUUGCACAUCACUCCGCGCAACAUCUUUUUUUCUCGCCACGGCGAGUCGCAGUUCAAUGUCGAGGGCAAGAUUGGAGGUGACUCGGACCUCUCGGAGCGCGGUCAAAUGUAUGCGCAGGCACUUCCGAAACUAAUCCACGACCAUCUCGGGGAAGCUCCGCUCACAGUCUGGCACAGUUCUUUGCGGCGCACUGGCCAGACGGCGCGCUUCUUGCAGUACCCAAAGCUCGUGUGGAAUUCAUUGGACGAACUGGACGCUGGCGUGUGCGACAGCAUGACGUACGAGGAGAUAGAAAAGUACUACCCCGAGGACUCUGCGAACCGCGACGAAGACAAGUUCAACUAUCGUUACCGCGGGGGAGAAAGCUACCGGGAUGUGCUUGUACGGCUGGAGCCGGUUAUUAUGGAGCUCGAGCGCCAAACGAAUAUUUUAAUUAUUAGCCACCAGGCAAUCAUCCGCUCUUUGUAUGCCUACUUUAUGGGUUUGGACCAGGACGAGCUGCCGUAUGUCAACAUCCCGCUGCAUACGGUGAUUAAGCUGACGCCAAAAGCGUACGGAUGCGACGAAGAGCAUUUCCAACUGCCGAUUGAGGCUGUCAAUACACACAGGGCACGGCCUGCAAGUGCACGGCGUGUGGAAGAGGAUGAUGUGUUGGACGGGUGUGGCUCGGCUGCGACGACCUUACCGCCCACGCAAACUCCCAAUGUAGACGCACGCAAAUAG